UUCACAAGUGAGGUAAUGAUUUUAAAAUAUAACACGAAACUUAUUUUUUUCACAAUGUCAUUAUGAUAUGUUAUAUCAUGUUCCUAAUAUUUGGUUUUCAUAUGUAUAUAGGGUGUAAUUUUCAAGUUUACUUAUACAAAUAAAUAAAAGCAGGAUGGUAGUGGGUGUAUUUCCAGCUCUCAAAUUGGGAGUUUUAUUUGUUAAACAAAUAAGUAAACCCUUGGCAAAAUUUCUUGUUAAUCAAGCAAAAAAUCAUCCUGUAUUUAGAACAUAUUUUAUCAUACCACCUGCUCAAUUUUAUCAUUGGGCAGAAGUUAAAGCUAAAAUGUAUGUAAUGAAUCUUGGUAAGCCCACAAAGGUUGCAAAAUUGAAUGAAGCCAUGGCAAUAGAAUUAGGAGCUAAUUUGAUGGGUGAGGUUAUUAUUUUUAGUGUUGCCGGUGGUUGUCUGAUAUUAGAAUAUAAUCGCCAAGUAGCAAAAGAAACGAAAAAAGAAGAAGCACGUCUUCAACAAAUACAGAAAUUUACAGACGACAUUGAGAAGUUAAAUAAAAUUACAUCUGUACAGCAAAGAGAAAUUCAGCAUCUUCAAGAAGCCUGUAAAGAAUUAGCAAAACAUACAAGACAUAAAUUGUCCGAAACGCUAAUAGUAGCAGAAGCAAAUCUGCAAGAACAUCAUACAGAUACAAAUACUGGCUUGAAAACAAAUAUAGAAACACACAAUAAAGAAAAUGAAAAGAGAUCAAUAAUUGAACGUGCUAUAGUGUAUUAUGAAAAUGAUGUAAAAGCAUACAAAUUCAGUUAACUAAACUUU